UUUUGUACUGUCUAGAAAACAAUAGAUAUGCAUAUUACGUUUAACUUUGCCGAAAGCUGCAUUUCAGUGAAUAUUUUUCGAUACUCACGUCCGCUUUACUCAGGUGGCGUUCACCGUCAGGAAGUCAUGUCCAGAUCGGGUGAUAGAACAUCCACCUUUGACCCAACACACAGUGACACCCUGCUGCACGGGCUCAACCUCUUGUGGAGAAAACAGCUUUUCUGUGAUGUGACUCUCACUGCCCAGGGACAGCAGUUUCACUGCCACAAAGCUGUGCUGGCAUCCUGCUCCCAGUAUUUCAGAUCCCUUUUCUCAUCCCACAAUGUCAUCAACAAUGAGGGGAGCAAAGGGGACCAGGGCAGCAGUGGGACCCCCUCAUCCUCUCCUGAUGACAAGAUGGUGACCCCCAGUGCCAGGCCCAUCAAUAACCUGGUUCUCCAGGGCUGCUCCUCCAUUGGACUUCGAUUAGUUCUGGAGUACCUGUACACUGCCAACGUGACUCUUUCCCUGGACACAGUGGAAGAGGUGCUGUCAGUCAGCAAGAUCCUCAAUAUCCCCCAGAUUACCAAGCUCAGUGUGCAGUUCCUCAACGACCAGAUCUCUGUGCAGAACUACAAGCAGAUCUGCAAGAUUGCUGCACUCCAUGGACUGGAUGAGACCAAGAAAUUGGCCAACAAGUACCUGGUGGAGGAUGUUCUGCUGCUGAACUUUGAGGAGAUGUGUGCCAUGCUAGACGCUCUGCCACCCCCUGUGGAGUCAGAGCUGGCUCUUUUCCAGAUGUCAGUCCUCUGGCUGGAGCAUGACCGGGAAACUCGCAUGCACUAUGCGCCGGACCUUAUGAAGAGGCUGCGCUUCGCCCUCAUACCUGCUCCAGAGCUGGUGGAGAGGGUGCAGUCUGUUGACUUUAUGAGGACUGACCCUGUGUGCCAAAAACUUCUCAUGGAUGCCAUGAACUACCACCUGAUGCCCUUCAGGCAGCACUGCAGGCAGACCACAGCAAGCAGAAUCCGUUCCAAUAAGAGGAUGCUGUUACUGGUGGGUGGUUUGCCUCCUGGACCUGAUCGUCUCCCCAGCAAUUUGGUCCAGUACUAUGACGACGAGAAAAAGACAUGGAAGAUCCUCACAAUAAUGCCUUACAACAGCGCCCAUCACUGCGUGGUGGAGGUGGAGAACUUCAUCCUGCUGCUGGGCGGAGAGGACCAGUGGAACCCUAACGGAAAGCACAGCACUCACUUUGUCAGCCGCUAUGAUCCAAGAUUCAACAGUUGGAUACAGUUACCGCCGAUGCAGGAGAGGAGAGCUAGUUUCUUUGCCUGCCGCAUGGAUAAGCACCUGUACGUUGUUGGUGGUAGGAACGAGAGCGGCUACCUCUCCAGCGUUGAGUCCUACAACCUGGAGACCAACGAGUGGAACUACCUGUCGCCUCUGCCGCAGCCGCUGGCCGCUCAUGCAGGGGCAGUGCACAACGGCAAGAUCUACAUAUCAGGAGGAGUGCACAAUGGAGAGUAUGUGUCCUGGCUCUACUGUUAUGACCCUAUAAUGGACGUGUGGGCGAGGAAACAGGAUAUGAACACAAAGCGUGCCAUUCAUGCCCUGGCUGGAAUGAAUGACCGCCUAUAUGCUAUUGGUGGAAACCAUUUGAAAGGUUUCUCCCAUCUAGAUGUAAUGUUGGUGGAGUGUUACGACCCGAAAGCUGACCAGUGGAACAUCCUGCAGACGCCUAUCCUGGAGGGUCGAAGCGGCCCGGGCUGUGCUGUUCUGGAUGACAGCAUCUUCCUCAUGGGGGGCUACAGCUGGAGCAUGGGGGCCUAUAAGUCUUCCACCAUCUGCUAUAGCCCAGAGAAAGGAUCAUGGACAGAGUUGGAGGGAGAGGUGGCUGAGCCCUUAGCGGGCCCAGCCUGCUCCACCAUCGUGCUGCCCGCCUGCCUUCCCUUCAACAAAUGACAACUAAUCCAACCGAGGGAGGUUGAGGAGCAGCAGAAUGAAUGGGGGGAGGACCAUCAAUAAGAAAAACAGUUGUCAAGAAUUUUGUGACAAACCAUCCGGUCAGACGACGGGGGUGUGUAUAAAUUAUUUUUUUACAGGUAUGACCAGAGCACUUUCGUUACCUACUGAAGGUUUGAAAAAAAAAAGAAAAGAAGAAUUGUGUAACUCAUGUAUUUAAACUCAUCUGUGUUCUGAGAAAUGCUCAGUUUCAUACUUGAUUUGAGUUAAACUGAUAGUAAGUGUUUUUGGCUUCUCGUCUAUAGCACGCAUAGUGUUGAACUGAAUUAUAGCUUUCAAAUCCAUUGUAUCUUGUAUUCAGUAGAGACGUAUGUCCAUCAAAAUGCAGUGAUGUUUCAUGGACUGGGGAGGAAAGGUGACCAGCGUCAAAUCCUCAUGGGGUUACGUUAAACUAGGGCUGGGUGAGUUACAAAAACCAUGAAGAUCAAGUUGUAUAAAUAUUCUUCUGCACUCAUGUUGAAAAUCACUUUUCUCUGGCUGUAUUGUGCACUUAUCAUUAUGAAACUGUUUUGUUGUCUUUAUCUUAAAUUAACAUAUUUUCAUAGUGUGUAAAAUGGGAACCUUUCUGCAGUCAUUAUUUAACUGACAUGGAUAGAAAAACACAAUGUAACUAGACUUGUACCAGGUCCAAAGACAACCAGGACAUUGUAAAAAAACACAUCUACACAACCAUUUUUAUGAGGAUGUGUCCAUUUCACCCAGCCCUAAUUUAUGACUAAUUACGUUGAUAAUUUACACCAAGACUAAAGUUGUGUUUCUGUAUAUCUUGACAGAAAAAAAAUCUUGCCAAAUGUUUGUGGCAUAUAUUUCUCAUGCUGCAAGCAAAACAAUUCAAGGGUUAACAUUGACUCCUAACAUUCAUAUGACGCACUAAUGUCCAUGUUAAAUAUAAAAUGAUGGUACAAUCAAAUUUUAAUUGCUAACCAAUAUAUAAGUGGUUGGUAUGUUUGGGUAAACAGAUGAGAAGGACAUUGUUCGUCUUUACUAGUUAAUGCUAACAGGCCCGUUUAUGAGGCCAUAUAGCAUUUACCUUGAUGGGAUUUUAAUCUUUAAUGUAUGAAAAACAAACAAGCAUACAAUGGUCCUUAAUGCACUAAUAGUGAACUUUUGAUUCAGCAAACAAAGAUCACUAAGAUGUAAAUUUAUUAAUGUGCUGUGUUUGAAAAAAAAUGCUUAAAUGAAUCUAAGUUCAGUCUAAUCUACGUUAUUAGGUUCAAAAAGUUGUCAGUACCUGUUGACUUCUGUAAAGAUUUGUUGAUUUCAUUCUUGUACAUAAUCGCUUGCAGUGAAACAUUUUUGU